AUGGGACGAAAGCGGCUCCCGAAGUUCCAACAACUCGAAAAUUGUAAGUAACGAAAAAUACCGAUAUUCAUGAAUAUAUAAAUAGCGGAAAUACUAACGCUGAUGUCGUAGCCUACUUUUCAAUGAACAUUUCUUUACGUGGCAUUAUGUUUCCCUCAGUUGUUCCUUUUUUCGGGCAACAUGAUCAUUAAUAAUAAUUUAUUGACAUUUCUGACUUCAUAUUGACAUUUCUGACUUCAUAAGAAAUUUACGAAAAGCUAAGACAUGGCUGCAAGUAUUUCCGGUAUUUCUACGUUAGCACAAUUUUCAAUAUAUCUACAGUUGUGCCCAAAGUUUGCCGAGUCCCCGUUGUUGCCGAUCGUCGACAGCAAAACCGUAGAAUUCCAGAUACAGGUGGGUUUCUUUUCGUUAAUUUUUAUUCAUAAUAUUCAAAAUAUAUAUUUUCAGGAUUUAAUGAAAUAUUCCCACAAGUUCCUGCAGAUGAUCAUAAUGAUGGGAGAAAUGGAGAUGGUUCGCUUUCAGAUAUCGAAGGAGAGUCUGAUUUAAUGUUGGAACGUGAAGAAUUGAAUGUGGCCGAGGAUUAUGAGGACGAUGAUGAUAUUUACAUGGCUCCUUUUGCUGAUGAUUCCGAAGGCGAAGAUGUCGAAGAUUAUUAUCGAAACAAUGAUGCGGAUCCAGGUUGGGUGGAAGGUAUGGCUUUAUUACAAUGAGGGGUGGGAGAAUUUUGUGAAUUUUUUCGAAAAAUAUUUUCGUUGCUAAAUUUGUGAAGUUUGAACCAGAUCCAAAUUAUGAAAUUUUUCGAAACAUGAUUUUGUUCUAAAUUUAUCAUAUUUUCAAAAACAUAACAUGGAAUGAUGGUGAAACUUUUCAAUAUUCAAACUUUUUAGAAUUGCAGAAAGUGGAAAAAAAUUUUACAAAAAUAGGGGUUUCGAAGAAUAUAUGGGUUUAGAAAAUAUUAUGCUCUGAGAUGUCGAAUGUUUUUACUUCAAGUAUUUUCUCAUUACGCUGAGAAAACAGGAGGAAUGCGGAGAAAAUGUAUUUUCUUCAGUGAGAAAACAGGAGGAAUGCGGAGAAAAUGUAUUUUCUUCACUUUUUUCGUAUUUUCUCAGCCGACCUGAAUAGGCUUUCUUCGUUUUUUUCAGCGUUGAGUAAAUAACAUUCUUGUUGAGGAUCCAAAGUUUGUUGAAAAAGUAUAAGGAUGGGAAAAAGUUGGGACUGUAACUGGGAUAAAAGAAAGAGGGCGGGCAAGAGGGGGGUUGGCACACCUGACGAUACGUGUCCAAAAGGGACACUGUACAACAAUUUUCAAAAGCCACACUGUACAUUUUUUCAGUAAAAAGUGUAGUUUUCAUUCAUUUUCAUCGGUUUUUUAUGACAAUUUUACAAAAAAUUCAAAAUUUCACGCUGCACAAUUUUUUUUUUCAAAAAUUUCCACGCUGCACAAAAAUUUUGGAAAACUAUCGCCAGGUGUGGGGGCGGAGGUGCUCACCUCCACUGAACGUGUGACGAUUAUUCUGGAAAGUUCAACGUGCGAUUGACAGUUCCGACUUGCAGAUUCGUUGGCGGAUAAAAUUCUGCACCUUUCCGAUCCCGGACUUGUUACCUUGGCAUCUUCAAUAAUUGGCAGAGAUUCACAAACUGAUCUUCGGCUUCGUUUACUAACAGUUGCGGCAACUGUUAAAAAAGAAGUUGAAGAUAUUUUUGAAUAUGCUAUUCGACUUUUCAAAGACGUUCGGAUUUGCUCACAAUGCGGGAAAAAUUAG